UCUCUCUCUCUCUCUCUCUCUCUCUCUCUCUCUCUCCAGCUCGAGCUGUAUUAGUGUACCAAAGCUCAGCCCCAGUCAAACUAUCUUUUUCUCUUUUUUCCAUCUCUAACUUAGAGCAACAAGACAAGCACUGGAGCGAAAACUCCUUUCUUUCUCUGCCGGGGUUUUGUAAUACGGGGUUGGGUUCACAAAAAAAGAGGUGGAUUUUGGAUUUCUCGUGUUUUCGCAUCUGGGUUUUGUUUUUCAAUUGAAUUUGAAAGUACCCAAAGCAUUUCUGCGGGAGAGGUCUGUGUCCGUAUAAGAAACCUAUCUCUCUGUCUUGAAAGAGAAGUUCUAGAUUUUCGGACCCAGAUCUGCUUCUUUUCAUGUUUUUUUGUUCAAGUCUCAUAAAGCUGGGCAAAGCCCUAAGUUUUAUGCUUGUGAUUUGUAGGGCAGAGAACGCUUUGGCGAAGGAGGAAGGCAAGAGGGGUUGUUUGUUUUCUGGGAAAUAACUUUCCAUGGGGGUUUGUCUAAGUGCUAGAAUCAAGGCUGAGAGCCCAUGCCACACAGGGGGGAGUUCAAAAUAUGUUAGCACUGAUGGAAAUGAACAAAACAGUACAAGUAGCAAGCUCUCCGUGGCUUCAUUGCCUCCAACUCCUCGAAGUGAGGGUGAAAUCUUGCAGUCCCCAAAUUUGAAGAAUUUCACAUUUUCUGAGCUCAAAAUGGCUACCAGGAAUUUCCGCCCUGACAGCGUGUUGGGAGAAGGUGGUUUUGGUUCAGUUUUUAAGGGUUGGAUUGAUGAACAGUCAUUUGCUGCUGCCAGGCCUGGAACUGGCAUGGUUAUUGCUGUGAAGAGGCUUAACCUGGAAAGUUUCCAAGGUCACAAGGAGUGGUUGGCAGAAGUUAAUUAUCUGGGGCAGCUUUAUCAUCCUCAUCUUGUGAAACUAAUUGGUUUCUGCUCAGAGGAUGAACACCGGCUUCUGGUGUACGAAUUCAUGCCAAGAGGCAGCUUGGAGAAUCAUCUAUUUAGGAGGGGCUCUUACUUCCAACCUCUUUCUUGGAAUCUCCGCCUGAAGGUUGCUCUUGGUGCUGCAAAGGGCCUUGCUUUUCUUCAUAGUGCUGAAACGAAAGUGAUAUAUCGGGACUUCAAAACUUCAAAUAUCCUGCUUGAUUCAAACUACAAUGCAAAGCUUUCUGAUUUUGGACUGGCCAAGGAUGGUCCAACAGGUGACAAAAGUCAUGUCUCUACUAGGGUCAUGGGGACCUAUGGAUAUGCAGCUCCAGAAUAUCUAGCCACAGGUCAUCUGACUGCCAGGAGUGAUGUAUAUAGUUUUGGAGUUGUUCUCCUGGAAAUGUUAUCUGGUCGAAGAGCAGUGGACAAGAAUCGGCCUUCUGGAGAACACAAUCUUGUUGAAUGGGCCAAGCCUUACCUGGCCAACAAACGCAAAAUCUUCCGUAUUCUGGACAACCGUCUUGAGGGUCAGUACUCACUGGAGGGAGCCCAUAAGGCAUCUAACCUUGCAUUACGAUGCCUAUCUACAGAAGCCAAGUUCAGGCCAACUAUGACUGAGGUUGUAACAGCAUUGGAGCAGCUCCAGGACUGCAAGGAACCAGAAAUCACCAACAACCCAAGUGGUGGGAUGAAGCAUAGAAGACGAAGUGCAGAUGAUGUCAGGAAUGAAAAACCUCCUAUUGCUACCCCCUAUCCCCUAAGUGCAGAUGAUGCUAGGAAAGAAAAACCUGUUAUACCUUCUGCUCAUCCACAAAGCGCAGACUAUGCCAAGAAAGAAAAGCCCACUACUGCUAUUGCUUAUCCAAGGCCAUCAGCUUCCCCACUAUAUACCUAGUAGAAAAGGACAUGGAAGAACUUGGCAUAAACUGCUCUCGUUUCUAUCUAAAUAUUUGGCAGGCAGCUUGGCAGUGAUCCAGCAACUCAGGCGGUUCUUGUAUUUUGUUGAAUGACUGUACAGUUCAUGUUCUCACUAAUGUAUUCAAAAUCAACUUCUGUUGACAACAGUCCCCGUGAGGUAACCCAAACUGGUAUAUCUCCUUGGAUUAGAAAACAGCUUGGCAAUCCUAUAAGAAAGAAAAAAGAAAAAAGAAGAAUAAAAAACAGCCUGGAGAGAAGGGGAUGUGUGCAAGUUACGUCCUUUUUUCUUCCCUCCUUUUUGGGUUGGGGUGUAAUUGUAUCUCUAUUAUAUAUAUUUCUUUUUCAGGAGGAUGUGUCUUAUCUCCCUUUUCAUCUGUAUUCAGCUUGUGUAAUGUGACAUUAUUGAUGUUCUUUUUCAAGAAAGAAAAGGAAGUUGAGCUAAUGAGAUCUGCAUAGGUUGGGUGGAA